GGGAGUUGUGUGCCCCUUCAGCGGUACGUGGACGAGACGGGGGACGUGCAGACGCCCGUGGCGUACGUUGCUCUGUAUGGGUCCGGCAAGGGUGCGUCAUGGCGUCAGUGGAACGAGGCCUACCGCAGCCAACUGAACGCAGAGGGGCAUGCGAUUCUACGGAGUCUGCACGAUCUCAGCUGCAAGAAACUGGCGCGGCUCCGAGAGCAGCAGAGCGGGUUUUCGGCAAAACGCCACGCCGUUCCGCCUCCAGAAGCACCUCUCGGUCGGCUUGUUGGACUUUCUUCGCCAGCUGUCGGUCUGAUGGGUGUACCGUUUAGCGGACUUGCGGGCGGAGCCGCAGCGGAGACGAAGACAAAACCAAAACGCAAGAAUAAACGGAACGUGGAGCUGCGUUGCAAGUGCGGGAAGGUCGUCGCCACGUCGCCAAUGGAGUCGGCUGACACGGUGACAAUAAUGGGGCGUCGUCAACAGUCAUUGUGUGGCAGUAUUAACUGCCUCACACCAAUGUGCGUCGUCUGUGGCGAACCGAUGUUUGCCCUUGCGAGUGGCUACGACGUUGAUUCCUCCUUCACUUGGUGUACCGUAUGUCUGCACGGGGGGCACUGGUCCCACCUGCGCGAUUGGUUUGCAAAGCAUAGAAAAUGUCCUGCAGAAGACUGCCUUUGUACUUGUUACUGCCCUUCAUUGUCCCCAUGA